AACAAACAUUUUCUUAGUUUCCUUCAUUUUUUGUUUCUUAGUUUCUUCGUUUGAUGCUUUUUUUUUCCUCCUGAAGUCUGAGGGUUUUGUAGGUAAUUUUUAAAAGAAUUUUGUUUAUGUAUAUAUCCUUAAACUUUUUCUUAGGUUAUCAAUUUGUUCUUUUUGAUAUAUAGAAGAAUCUGCAAAAAGAUAAACCUACAAUUUUCUGAGAUGAAUUCUUGUUUCUCUCUGAACGAUAUUUUGGAGUCUUGAUGAGCUUUUUUUUAUCUAUCAUUUUGUUUUCCUCAAUUAAUUUUUACUGUCACCAACUUCUUAUUUUCUGGAAAAAGUGAGUUUUAGAAAAUUAGUUUUCCGGGAUAAGAAAAUCUUUUUGUUCUUGGAUGGAAUAAUUAAUCUUCCCUUUUUUGAAUUAAUUAUAACAAAAAAAAAAAAUCUAUGCAACUCACAAUGUCAAGCUCCAAGAUGAAAAGCCUCUUGAAAGGGCUCCGAUAUAUUUCUCAAGUAUUUGAAAGUGAAAAAGAAGAAGAAAUACAGAUCGGAAAUCCAACGGAUGUAAAACAUGUUGCCCAUAUCGGUUGGGAUGGACCAUCCGCUAAUGCCACCGCACCAAGCUGGAUGACUGAGUUUAACUCUGGCGGGGGAUUCGAAUCUGGUGAAGGAGGCGGAGAAGAUGAUUCCUCCAUAAAAUGUAUGUCAGAAUAUGGUGGUCGGUCCAGAGAUUUGCCAAAUCUACCAAAAUCUACGAGGAAAUCGGCGUCGGAGAAAGGUUCUCCGACGAAAGAAAAAUCAUCAGACAAAACUAAACGCCGGUCUUCGAACAAAGGCACAUCGUCAUCGUCGAGGAGACCAAAGGAAGCCACUGAAGAACAAGACGAGUUAUCUUCUUGGCCUCGUGGAAUACCGGAAGUUCCAAAGAAAUCAAGGAGGAAGAAGAAGUCGACAAAAGAAACCGCGGUUAAUGGAGGGUCAUCAAGAUCGACAAGAAGAUCUGAUGUGGAUAAUAUGUCGGAAUUUAUGUCUGAGACUGGUUCGGUGAGAUCUAUGCCUCAAUUCGACAAUAGAGAUGAUUUUUGAAAGGAGAGACGUACGUCGUAUAUAGAGAUUUUGCUGCUCCAAAUUUUCAUUGAACACACGAAUUGUUAGAUUUUCUUGUUCAUUCUUGUACUAGCUAUGAUUAACUAUGCAAGGAGAAUUUAGACAAAUAUAUUUUACAGCUUUUUUGGUACAUAGAUCAUUGACAUCAUAUAUACGAGAGAGAACAUUUUGUAGCAUUAUUGAAUUUGAUUUUCAAUUAUAGAAGCCGGGGACAAAAGAAUUACGUA